AUGACAACAUCAACGCCAACACCAACAACAGAUAAUAAAAUUUUAACAUCGGCUAUUGAAACAUAUCGUCAUUAUGCUGGUCAACCAACUCUAUCUGAUAUUGAAUCUUGCCAUCAAGAUUCAAAUGAUGAAAUUCUCCAUUUAACACCCUAUUUUUCAACAAUGGAUCUUGUUAAAUUAGAAAAUCUAACUUAUACUCGUUCAUUUACUUAUUCAUUAAAAACUCGUCAACUUUUAUUUACAAGUAAUGUAACAACAAUAAAUAAAAAUAUUGUUCGUCGUCUUGUUUCUCCUGAUGGAAAAUAUCUUGCAUUAGUAACAAAAGAAAUGAAAGGCGAACAAGAAUUAAAUUAUGUACAAAUAUGGCAUGAUGAACAUUUAAUAUUUGGUUAUGAAGUUAGUGAUACUGAAGAAAAACGUAAACCAUUUAAAUCCUAUUUUACAGCUGAAAAACUUGAUGAUCUUGGAGAAUCAUUUAGUACAUAUCGUGAAAAUUGGGGUGAACAAAUGGAAACAUUGGAAACAUGUGUUGUUUGUGUAUUUGAUGUUGAUACAAAACAAGUUAAAUUAAUUGAAAAUCAUCCAAAAGAUUUAUAUUUUGGUCAAUGUACAUGGACAACAAAUCAAGAUGAAGUUAUUUUAGUUGCAUUUCCUCUUGAACCUUAUCGACUUGGUUUAAUUUUUUGUGAAAAUCGUUCAUCAGCUUUUUUUAAAUGUAAUUGGCGUACUAAUGAAUGGAUACAAUUAACAGAAUUUGAUAAAAUCUGUCGAUUAUUUCCACGACAUUUACCUAAAACAGAUAAUCAAUUUGUUUAUCUUCAAAGUGAUAUUAAUGGAGCACAUAAACAAUGUCAACGAUUAAUAUUAUUUAAUACACAAACAAAAGAAGAAAAAAUUUUAAUUGAUCGAGUCGAUAAUGUUAAAUAUUCGAAUGUAAAUACUGAUCCAUUUACAGCUGAAUGGGAUACACAAUUUAAAGGUCUUUAUCUACCACUUCCACAUUUAUGUUAUUCUUGUGAUGGACGUUAUCUUCUUCUUCGUUCGGUAUCUGGUUCACGUAAUGUUCUAUAUAUUUAUGAUUUUACUGAACAAAAAAUGAUUUUACUUGAUUCACCAUUGGGUGUUGAUACGUCUAUAAAUGGUCUUGCUAUAUUUGGUCAUUAUGUUGCAGUUAAUAUUGUUGAUUGUCGUACACCUUAUCGAUUCUAUAUCUAUGAUUUGAAAACAUUGAAUAAAACCGAUAAAGAUAAUAAUGGUUGGCAUUUAAUUGUUCAACAUGAAUUUAAAAAAGAAGAGAAAAAUCAAGUUGUAUGGAAUAUUGAUCGAUUUUUUCCUGAUAAUGAAACAAUCCCUGUUGAAUCAAUUUAUGUUCAUACACGUGAUACACAAGCAAAACGUCCUUUAAUGGUAUUAAUACAUGGUGGACCAAAUUCAGUCAUCUCUUUGGAUUAUUAUGUUGGUGUUGUUGCUUAUAUUGGAUUAGGUUUUGAUCUUCUUAUUGUUAAUUAUCGAGGUUCACUUGGUUUUGGACAGGCUUCAAUUGACAAGUUAUUAGGUAAUAUAUCUAAAACUGAUGUUGGAGAUUGUCAUGAAGCUAUUCAACGUUGUCUCAAGUAUACUGAACCAAGUCGACCAGUUGUACUCAUAGGUGGAUCACAUGCAGGUGUAAUUAUUGGCCGUCUUAUUGGAGAAUAUCCAGAUGAAUAUGCAGUUGCUGUUUUACGAAAUCCAGUUACUGAUCUACUUCAUGUUUAUGCAACAUCGGAUAUACCUGAUUGGGCUAUAGCUCAAUCAACGAAUGCACAAUUUGAUUUUGAAACUGGUCGUAAUCUUUUUAUGGAUACAGCACUUAUUACAUAUCUUAUUGAAAGAUCAUCAAUUCGUCUUAUUGAUCAAGUUAAAACACCAGUUUUAUUACAUUUAGGAAAGAAAGAUCGACGUGUACCAUAUAGUAUUGGUCUUCGUUAUUAUGAAUGUUUAAAAGCUAGAAAGAUUCCAACAAAAUUAUAUGUUUAUGAUAGUAAUCAUUCACUUAGUGAAGUACCCAAUGCUAGUGAUAUAUUCGUUAAUACCAUUCUUUUUAUUUCUGAACAUUUAGAUUUAUCAUCAUAA